AUGCCUACAUGUGUACCGCUUACAAACAGUUCACAAGAAUUUGAAUUGAGCACAUCAAAAGCACCAACUCAACAAUCCAUCACCAUCAAACUUAGCGUAGAUGAAAUACUGAAUAAGUAUGUUGGGGAAUAUGGAGUUUGGCAAUGGAGUAUUGUGCUGCUAAUAGUUUUAAGUUCCCCUCUAAUGGUGACGUUACCUGUAUUUGUUAAUGCAGUACCUGACCACCGUUGUCGGAUGGAAGAUCCUAUGGAAGAAAUAUUCAAAGACUACAAUUUAAGUUUUGAAGAAGCGGCUGCGUUUGUGGGUCCAUGGGAAGGUGAAGUUCCUGUAUCAAUGAUGGGUUGUAGAAGAUUUGCAUUGGACUGGAGCAAUUCAACCCUCAUCGAAAAUCUAUUUUUGAAUAAGUCGGUAGCUUCAUCUAUCGAUCGCAAAUCACUGAAAACCGAAGAGUGUGCCAAUGGUUACAUAUAUAGAAGUAGAGAGUUCCAAUAUCCCAGUACUGUGGUAGCAGAGUUUAACUUGGUUUGUGGUAAUAUUAUGCUUUCGCUUCUUGGAACAUCUCUUUUCAUAGUUGGAAUGUCGUUUGGAUUUAUUUUCGGUGGUUAUUUUGGUGACAAAUUCGGUAGACGAAAUGGUGCAAUUGUAUUCUCCUUCAUUGAAUUAUUAGCAGGGGUUGGUGUUUCAUUAGCCCCUAAUCAUCAUAUCUAUCACCUGAUGAGAACAAUUGUUGGGUUUUCUAGUACAGGAAAAGCCGUCGUCCUACGACUGCUACCAAUUGAGCUAACUAAUGCCAAAUAUCGAUCUUAUUUUACGUCGUUCAUUGUUUUGGGAGUUAUAUUUGGACAUCGUGUUACAAUGACUGGAAUAGCUUAUUUGGUACAAGAUUGGCGUUUUCUCAAUGCCCUGUCAAUGCUACCAUGUCUCACAUGUUUCAUGUACUUUUGUCUUUUACCUGAAUCACCACGAUGGCUAUUAUCUCAGUAUCGUGUUGAAGAAGCCAUCAAAAUAUUGAGAAGAGGGUGUCGUAUUAAUCAUAUUUUGAAGAAAGAUAAAUCAAAAUUAUCACAAUUCGACAAUUUCUUGAAAAAUUUAAAUAAGAAAGAAUCUCAUAUUGGAAAAUCAUAUGUCCAUCGUGAACCUAUAAGUAUUUCUGAACGAUUUAUUAAUUUACUUAAAUCAACCAAGAAAAGUAUUUGUUGUGGACAAAUGAAUAAAACACUCAUAAUAUGUGUUCUAAUAUUUAUGCUGCAUUCACUUGCCUUUCUGGGUAUCACAUUAUUUAGUAAGUACAUUAAUUAUAAUAUUUAUAUAGUAACUCUUAUCAAUGCAUUAACUGGUAUUCCAGGACCAAUUACUGCAAGUGUGGUUUAUAGAUGUUAUAAGUAUAGACGAUUUCCAUUAAUGUGCACGUAUAUAAUUUCUGCUAUAUUAUUAUGUAUUGGUGGUGUUUAUACAUUAUUAUGGAAACCACUGACUGAUAAUGUAUUGAAUAUAUGCUGUAAUGGUGCUCUUAUUACGUAUUCUGCUUCAACGAUUAUGUUAUCGAUUUAUAGUGCUGAAUUAUUCCCAUCAUAUAUGCGUUCAAGUGCUGUAGGUAUAUCAAAUGGUUUAGGUAGAAUUGGUGGGAUCAUUUCAACAUUUGUAAAUCAUACAGAUUUUACUUUUGAACAUGGUACGCCUGUAUUGAUUUAUUCCGGUUCAGCAAUAUUUCAAGUUUUCUUAUUAUACUUUUUACCUGAUACAAGUGGCGAAGAUCUUGAUGUCGACAAAGGCUUAGAAUCUACAACUGAUAAUCAUGUUCAUCAAAAUGAAUCUAAUACAAGUAUUGAUGCAGCAAGAGAAGAGUGUGUAAACAAUUUGAAUACAUUAGAAGACCGAAUAAAAUCGUCACCAACAACUGUAACUCAUCUCUAG